AUGUCUCCUGCCGCUCUGGACUCAGCCGAAGCACGAUGGCAAACACAAUUAGCAGCCAUGCGGAGUGCAUUGGCCGAUCUAAAAUUGCCUCCUACCGACGCUAUGAACGCGUCUUAUGAAUCUGACAUCCCUUUUGAUGAAGAUGAUGAAUCUACAUCUGGAAAUAGUGGUGGUGACGUGUGGGACUUUAUCAGCGAUUCUGAGGAAGAAUUCUACAGUAGCGAUCUCAACGAAGAUCAGUUCCCGGAUUUGAACGCUGGACAGUACGGGCCAGAAUGGCUCACAAGCCAAUGUCUCGCCUUUGCAUCAAGGAAACAAGGACUCUCGGGAGACGACCUUGAGCAGCAGAUCACGGCACUUUUGGCUUCGGAUAGCGGCGAAGAGGAGCUCCAGUCAACCCUGACUGAUAUCAUUGGUUUUGAUGAUCUGGAUUUUGUUAUCGAACUAAUUUCACACCGAGGAGAGAUUACUGCUCCUUCGUCAUCUUCGACAAAGCAGGGCGACAGCAUAUUUGGAGGGCUCCAAACGAAACGCCAACGCGAAGAAGCCCUGAGACAACGGGACUACGAGCAUAAGCAUGCUGUCUUGGGACCGAGCCUCAACCGAGAUGCCCCCCAGUAUCCUCAUGUAUACACAUCCCAUCCUACCGCGGGCAAUAUUCUCGACUCAAAAGGAAAGAAGUAUGCAUUACCAACCGGGCAUGAGAGAAAAGAGCACGAUAAAUAUGAAGAGUACAUUAUUCCCGCAGGCAAGGUUGGCACUCUUGGGGCUGGUCGCAAACUCGUCCAGGUUUCUGAAAUGGACGGCCUCUGUCGGCGAACCUUCAAGGGCUACAAAACCUUGAACCGUAUGCAGAGUCUCGUCUAUCCUGUAGCAUAUCAGACGAGCGAGAACAUGCUCAUUUGUGCCCCAACUGGAGCUGGUAAAACCGACGCAGCAAUGCUCACUGUUCUUCAUGCUAUUGGUCAAAAUGCCAGCCCAAGUCCAGCCGAACAGCCAGAAUCUGCUGAUUUUGUGGUGAGCACGGAGGACUUUAAAAUUGUUUACAUAGCGCCUAUGAAGGCCCUUGCAGCUGAAAUCACUCAGAAGCUUGGUAGUCGUCUUUCUUGGCUUGGGAUUCAGGUCCGAGAACUGACUGGAGAUAUGCACCUCACCAAGAAGGAAAUCGUUCAGACCCAAAUCAUCGUCACGACACCCGAGAAAUGGGACGUUGUGACGCGGAAGGGGACUGGCGAUACAGAACUCGUACAGAAGGUCCGGUUGUUGAUCAUUGAUGAAGUUCACAUGCUUCACGACGACCGCGGGUCGGUCCUCGAGUCACUUGUAGCCAGGACGGAACGCCAGGUCGAGAGUACCCAAUCCCUUAUCAGGAUUGUGGGUUUAUCAGCGACCCUUCCUAAUUAUGUCGAUGUUGCCGAUUUCCUCAAGGUCAAUCGAUAUGCUGGCCUGUUUUAUUUUGAUGCCAGUUUUAGGCCCGUUCCUCUGGAACAGCAUUUUAUUGGAGUUAAAGGCAAGGCAGGGACCAUGGCUUCUCGAGCCAAUAUCGAUAACACAGCUUUCGAAAAGGUGAGAGAAAUGCUGGAAUGCGACCAUCAAGUAAUGGUAUUCGUUCAUUCCAGGAAGGAUACCCAUAAUACAGCAAAUAUGCUCUAUCAGAAGGCGGUCGAGCAAGUGUGCGUUGACCUCUUUGAUCCGACCAGUCAUCCGCAAUAUGAAGCAGCGUUGAAAGAUAUUAAGUCCUCAAAAGGCCGAGAACUUCGUGAUCUGCUUCCGAAAGGUAUUGGCAUUCAUCAUGCUGGUAUGGCGCGCUCCGACCGGAACCUAAUGGAAAGACUUUUCGGAAAUGGCGUAUUAAAGGUCCUCUGCUGCACAGCUACACUUGCGUGGGGUGUCAACUUGCCUGCCGCUGCAGUUAUUAUCAAAGGGACUCAGGUAUACAGUGCCCAAGAUGGUAAAUUUAUCGACCUCGGAAUCCUAGACGUUCUCCAAAUUUUUGGUCGCGCUGGUAGACCUCAAUUCGAAGACACUGGUAUUGGGAUGAUUUGCACCACACAAGACAAACUCCACCAUUACCUAACGGCCGUCACAGCACAGGUGCCUAUCGAAUCCCGGUUCUCAAAACAUCUGAUAGACAAUCUAAACGCUGAAAUCGCCCUGGGCACUGUCACUUCAAUUCCAGAAGCAGUUCAAUGGCUCGGGUAUUCCUACCUCUUCGUUCGAAUGAAGCGAAACCCCCUAUCUUAUGGGAUCGACUGGGCGGAGCAGAGAGAUGACCCAAAUCUUGUUCAGCGCCGGCGACAGCUAGUCAUACAAGCUGCAACGAUCCUUCAGCAGCGCCAGAUGAUUAUUUUCAAUGCGACAACUGAAGACCUCCGAAGUAAGGAUAUCGGCCGGAUUGCAAGCCAAUUCUAUGUUCUCAACACUAGCAUUGAGAUUUUUAAUGAUAUGAUGAAGCCUCAAGCAACAGAAGCAGAUGUUCUGAAAAUGAUUGCGAAGAGCGGGGAAUUUGGCAACAUCCAGUCGAGGGACACUGAAGCCAAGGAACUCACCAACUUACGGGACGAGAAAUUCUCCCCUUGCCAAGUGGCUGAAGGCAUCGAUACCCCCGAAGCAAAGACCAAUAUCCUUCUGCAAUCUUAUAUUUCUAGAGCCAACAUCGAAGAUUUUGCAUUAUCUAACGACUGCAAUUAUAUCGCUCAACAAUCUGCCAGGAUCUGUAGAGCACUCUUUAUGAUUGCAUUGAAUCGACGGUGGGGCCAUCAGUGUCUUGUCUUGCUCUCACUAUGCAAGUCCAUCGAGAAGCGAAUCUGGGCAUUCCAGCAUCCUCUGCAGCAGUUCGAACUUUCUAAGCCGGUGCUUACCCAAUUGGAGGCCAGUGGAAUGUCUAUCGAGAUGUUACGAGACAUGGAACCUGCUGAGCUUGGAUCCUUGGUUCAUAAUUUUUCGGCAGGAAAAACGAUCUCUAAGCUUUUGGACAACUUCCCGACCAUUAGCAUCGAAUCAGAAAUUGCCCCGUUAAACAGAAAUGUUCUCAGGAUCCGUUUAUAUUUAACCCCAGACUUCCGUUGGAAUGACCGCCAUCACGGAACCUCGGAGAGCUAUUGGAUUUGGGUCGAGAAUUCGGAGACAUCAGAGAUCUAUCACCAUGAGUUCUUCAUCCUUAAUCGAAGGAAAUUGUAUGACGACCAUGAGCUCAAUUUCACAAUUCCGCUCGCAGAUCCACUGCCAACUCAGAUAUAUGUUAGGGCGGUCUCCGAUCGCUGGCUCGGCGCAGAAACUGUUCACCCUAUCUCGUUCCAGCAUCUGAUCAGGCCAGACACAGAGAGCGUGUAUACGGAUCUUCUGAAUCUUCAACCCCUACCUGUCUCUGCUCUCAAGAAUCCAGCUUUGGAGGAGAUAUAUGGCAAGAGAUUCCAAUUCUUCAACCCCAUGCAGACGCAGCUUUUCCAUUGUUUAUAUCACUCACCUGCCAAUGUAUUUCUGGGCUCGCCUACUGGAUCCGGAAAGACAAUUGCGUGCGAAUUAGCCAUGUGGUGGGCGUUUAGGGAAAACCCUGGUUCGAAAGUGGUCUAUAUAGCACCUAUGAAAGCACUCGUCCGUGAGCGUGUCAAAGAUUGGGGCUCCCGCCUCACACGCCAGAUGGGUCUGAAGCUAGUAGAACUGACAGGUGACAAUACCCCUGAUACUCGCACCAUCCGAGAUGCGGACAUCAUUGUAACCACCCCCGAGAAAUGGGAUGGUAUCUCUAGAGGAUGGGCCUCCAGAGGCUACGUGAGACAAGUUAGCUUGGUUAUCAUCGACGAAAUCCACUUGCUAGGCGGAGACCGAGGUCCAAUUCUCGAGAUCAUUGUUUCUCGGAUGAAUUAUAUUGCUGCACAGUCUAAGAACUCAGUGAGACUCAUGGGCAUGUCGACAGCCUGUGCAAACGCCAUGGACUUGGGGAAUUGGCUUGGGGUAAAGGAGGGGUUCUUUAACUUCCGUCAUAGCGUCCGCCCUGUCCCUCUUGAGACUUUCAUUGAUGGAUUUCCUGAGGUCCGAGGGUUUUGUCCUCUAAUGCAAUCGAUGAAUCGCCCUACCUUUUUGGCAAUCAAGAACCAUAGCCCUGACAAACCAGUUAUUGUGUUUGUGGCUUCUCGAAGACAGACUCGACUGACAGCCAAGGAUUUGAUAAACUUCUGCGGCAUGGAAGAUAACCCGCGCCGUUUCCUCAAGAUGUCAGAAGAUGAUUUACAGUUGAAUCUCGCUCGAGUUAAAGAUGAAGCUUUAAAGGAAGCGCUGACCUUUGGUAUUGGUCUACAUCAUGCUGGUCUCGUCGAAUCAGAUCGUUCACUCUCCGAGGAGUUGUUCGCCAACAACAAAAUCCAGAUUCUUGUUGCCACGAGCACUCUGGCUUGGGGUGUGAAUCUUCCAGCUCAUCUAGUCGUUGUCAAAGGAACCCAAUACUUUGAUGCCAAAAUUGAAGGAUACAAGGACAUGGACCUUACCGACGUUCUUCAGAUGCUAGGUCGUGCUGGUCGUCCACAGUUCGAUACAUCUGGCAUUGCUCGGAUUUUCACGCAGGACUCAAAGAAGGCUUUCUACAAACACUUCCUCCAUACUGGCUUUCCAGUAGAGUCAUCGCUCCACAAUGUUCUGGACAACCAUUUAGGUGCAGAGGUUUCUGCUGAAACAAUCACCACGAAGCAAGAUGCACUUGAUUAUUUGACCUGGACAUUCUUCUUCCGACGCCUCCAUAAGAAUCCUACGUAUUAUGGACUGGAGAUAUCAGCUGAAGAACAUAACACUAUUGCUGCCCAACAAUUCGCAAACGACUACAUGAUCUCGAUGGUCGACAAGUCUCUCGAAGAACUAGCGGAGUCAAAGUGUCUCGAGAUCCAUCAUAAUGGCGACGUGGAUUCUACAGCUUUGGGGAAGAUCAUGAGCUACUACUAUCUAUCCCACAAAACAAUCCGCCAUCUCGUCAAGCACGCUAAACGUGGUGCAGCAUUCGCCGACGUCCUGUUCUGGAUGUCCAGUGCGAUUGAAUAUGACGAGCUCCCGGUCCGUCACAAUGAAGAUCUCAUCAACGCGGAGCUUUCCAAAAACCUCACCAUCCCUGCCUCAGCCUUCGACGGCCUUCCUAUGUGGGAUCCUCACGUCAAGGCAUUCCUCCUCCUGCAAGCUCACAUGUCGCGUAUCGACCUUCCCAUCACUGACUACGUAGGUGAUCAAACCAGCGUGCUCGACCAAGCUAUCCGUAUCAUCCAAGCUAGCAUCGAUGUACUCACAGAAAUGGGGUAUCUGUCAAGCUGCAUGCAGAUGAUUACACUGCUUCAGUGCAUCAAAUGUGCUCGCUGGCCCACCGAUUACCCACUCUCUAUCCUUCCGGGAGUACCUAUAUCAGCGCCUACCGACGAGAAUCUCCCGCUAUCUCUACAGGAUCUUUCGGGCCAAUCAGAAACGGCAUACCAACAAACGCUCUCCGCGCUACAUCUCUCACCCUCUCAGCUCCCCCGCUUCCAGAAAGCGGCCGGCAUGCUCCCUAUCCUCAAAAUCAGCAUCCGCGAUGUAACAGCCCUAUCCUUGACCGUACAUCUCGACCGCCAGAAUCCCCUAACGGAUAAAGAUGGGAAGAUCUACGCGCCCCGUUUCCCAAAACCGCAAACGGAAGGCUGGUUCGUUCUUCUCUGCAAGGAGGAGAGCGACGAGAUUAUUGCCAUCAAGAGGGUCGGAUGGAAUACCAGUAAUAGUGGUGGUAAUAGACGGAGAGGACCGAGUGCGAGGGCCGUGAUUAAACUUCCAGAAGAUGAAGAUCAGUUCAUUGGAAAGAAUGAGAAGAAAAUGGAUGUCUGGGUCGUGAGUGAUGGGUAUUUGGGGAUGGUCUAUAAGAUUAUGGGGGUCGAGAUUCCAAGCGCUCCAAGGGUUGAGGGGUUUGAUGUGAAGAAGGAAAAGGACCCUGGUGCUAAGAAUGGGUGGAAAGAUACAAGUGGAAGUGGGCAAGGUGGUGCAAGUGCCGCUACAUGA